GCACCAGAGACCGCGAGGAGAAGCUACUCUGACAGCCCCAGCUGUUACGUUGAGCUGAACGGCAUCACUGGCUUCAGGAGGAGAAGCGUGCCUCUUAACCCGCAUCAGCUCAGGACCGUGGCUGCUUUGGGAGGAGCGUGACUGCAUCGUCACUUCCACUAGCGUUUCAUUUCUGUCACAACAGCAGGUUGCGGACGUGCCGCGUUCAGCUUUACCAGAUCAAGCAUUCCUUCCAUCUGCUGUCCCGUCAUCAAAAACAUGGUACUCCAGUCAUCACUGAAGAACUGCCUUCAGCUAUCCUGCAUCCUCAGGACUCCAAAAGCUGGCUUCAGAAGCACAACUUGUGGAAGCCUCAUUAUCCAGUCUAUUUCUAAUGAUGUUUACCAAAAUCUAGCUGUGGAAGACUGGAUCCAUGACCAUGUGAAUUUAGAGAACCGACAGGUCCUUUUCCUUUGGAGAAAUUCCCCAGCUGUGGUAAUAGGGAGACAUCAGAACCCCUGGCAGGAAUGCAACCUCAGGCUCUUGAGGCAAAAAAGUAUAAAACUAGCCAGGAGAAGAAGUGGAGGAGGGACAGUUUACCAUGACUUAGGCAAUAUCAAUUUGACUUUCUUUACAACCAGAAAAAAAUAUGAACGAAUGGAAAACCUGAAACUAGUUGUGAAGGCACUGAAAGCCUUGCGCCCCCAGUUAGAUGUACAUGUCACUGACAGAUAUGACAUCUUGCUAGAUAGGCAAUACAAAAUCUCAGGUACUGCUGCAAAGCUGGGAAGGACAACUGCUUAUCACCACUGCACCUUACUCUGUAACGCAGACAAGUUUGUUUUAUCUUCUGUGCUAAAAAGUCCUUAUAAAGGGCUAAAAAGCAAUGCCACUCCUAGUGUGCCUGCCUCAGUGAAAAAUCUCUUUGAAGAGGAUCCUAGUUUAACUUGUGAGUUGCUCCUGGAUGCCAUUGCUGAAGAAUAUGCUACACAACACCAUAUAGAUCAUCACAUCACCUUAAUAAAUCCAGCUGAUGAGACUGUGCUUCCUGGAAUUAAUAAUAAAACUAAGGAACUACAAACCUGGGAAUGGGUGUAUGGAAAGACACCGAAGUUCAGCGUUAGCACUUGUUUUAACAUGGUCUAUAAAGACUCUGUUCUUGAUGUUAAAGUAGAUAUGGAUGUAAAGCAUGGAAGGAUUGAAGUCUGCAACAUUGAUCUGCCGGAGCAGUGGCUGCCACCAGCACUGUGCAGUGAACUGGUGAAGAGCCUUGUUGGCAGUAAGUUUUGCCCAAAUGAAACCACUAUGCUAGCGACAACGUUACUAAGAAUGUGUCCACAAGAUGAUGAGUUGCACAACAGGUGGAACCUGUUAUGUGAGAAUAUGGUAAUGUUAAUGUGACUUGCAUUUUGAAAAUGUAAGUUAAACUGCUGCUGCUUUUUUAUUUGAUUUAUUGAAAACAAAAUUAAAACGUUCAUUUCUACAAGCUGAA